AUGGCGCUUACGCGUCCAUUAGUCCAUCUCGUUACUGUCCUUUUUCUCGUUGGGAUCGCGUUGUCCAGAGAUCUUGCAUGGAAUGGCCAUACAACUUCCACUUCCCUCCAACUGGUUCCUUUCACACCUUACUACGUCCCGCCCGGAGCGAAAAGCUACGAUUCUACCUCCCCCUUGAUCUCCUACAAAGGAGCCUGGACAGAUCAGUACUCUACCCGCUACGUCGGCAAAUCCUUGCGCUCGACAUCCGAUCCUGGUGCGGAGGUGUCCUUCACAUUCACCGGUACGGGCAUCGAAUGGUUCGGCAACACGGAUAGCAAACACGGUCUCGCGAUUGUGCUGAUUGACGGCAAGCCGGUGGAGGAGGUGGAUACGUAUAGUAACCACUCGAUGCCGCUGAGGCAACAGAGGCUGUUCUGGAGAUUCGACCUCUUGCUGGCAUCACAUACGAUCAAGAUUGUCAACACAGCGAAGCGACCUGGUGCUAUCAAGGACACUAUCAUUGAUCUGGACGCGUUUGUUGUUACUCGAGGCUCUCCUUCCCGCGUUCGUACGCCCCAAACGCCAGUCGACGCGUCCAUGGUGGAAAUUCGCGAUUCGACACCGUGGACUCUAGUUCAGAGAGGAACGACUGGUGUCGCAGCUAUGCAACUCGCCAUCAUAUCGCCAACACACGCUCUGAUUGUGGACAAGGUCGAACAUAACCCGCUUACCGUCGAUGGCCACCCUGCCUGGGCGGCUCUGUACAACCUUGAGAAUCACUCAGUCAAACCUCUCAGGAUCCAGUCGAAUUCUUUCUGUGCUGGUGGGACGUUCCUCGGAAACGGUACCUUAAUCAACGUUGGCGGGAAUCCAGUUGUCGAGACGCAUACAUCCGCAGCUGACUUUGGCGACCUCGACGGCCUUCAGGCGAUUCGGAUUUUUCAGCCCUGCGACUCGUCGGACGUCAGUGGAUGUGAGCUGUACGAAAAUCACGCCCGGAUCCGGAUGGCCAGCCCUAGGUGGUACAAUACUGUCAUCCGAAUUAACGAUGGGAGUGCGAUGAUCAUUGGUGGUUCGAAGAAAGGCGGCUGGAUUAAUAAUGCUACGGUCAACAACCCGACAGUCGAAUACUACCCACCCAAGAAUAUCCGAGGAUCGAAUGGCAUGCCAAUUACGCUGCCCUUCCUGGUGAAGACAUUGUACUCGAAUCUAUUCCCCAUCGCUUUCCUCCUUCCGGAUGGGAAAGUGUUUAUGGCCGCUAAUAGGGACGCUAUGAUAUACGACUGGACAACGAGGACUGAGACCUACUUACCUCAGAUACCCAACGGUGUUCGGGUUACUUAUCCCAUGACUGGUACUGGCCUCUUGCUCCCACUUUCACCUGACAACGACUACGUUGCCGAAGUUCUCUUGUGCGGUGGCUCUACCGUCGACGACACGAAACCCGGCUACAAGAUUUCAUCACAAGAUCCUGCUUCACCUCAGUGCUCUCGGCUUAUCCUGACCGAGGCGGGCAUCAAGUCUGGAUGGAAUGUUGAGACUAUGCCUACUGCCCGUGUAAUGCCCGACGCCGUCCUUCUGCCAACCGGAAAAGUACUCCUCGUUAAUGGCGGUGCUUCUGGAAUCUCAGGUUACGCAAAUGUCUUGAACCAGGUUGGCGCCUCCAAUGCUGAUAACCCUGUUCUGACGCCGACUCAGUAUGACCCGCUGGCUGAAGCUGGAAGCCGUUUCUCCUCUGCCGGCAUGCCGACUAGCGGGAUACCCCGCCUCUAUCAUAGCGUGGCGACUCUUACUCCGGCUGGCAGUGUGAUGAUCGCAGGGAGUAACCCCAACUUGGAUAGGAGUGAGGUCAAAUAUGGCACGGAAUAUAGGGUCGAAUGGUUAAAUCCACCUUACAUGUCGCAGGAGCGCCCAAGUAUCACGAAGAAGGUCCAAAGCGUGCCAUUUGGUAAGAACUUCACCAUCAAUGUCCAUUAUCCGGCCGGAGAUGCGAGCGACGUCAGAGUUGUUCUGAUGGACCUGGGCUAUGUUACACACGCCGUCCAUGCCAACUCGCGCAUGGUUUAUCUCAAGUUCUCUUCAGGGGCUGGCGUUCUGAGUGCCCAGGGGCCACCAAAUGGCAACGUCUAUCCGCCAGGCCCUGGUUGGCUUUAUCUUGUCGUCAAUGGCGUUCCGAGUGAAGGUAUGAAGGUUAUGGUGGGAGAUGGACGUGGGCCGCCUGUCGAUGAGGCGGCUCUAAGAAAUGUUCUUGUUGAUCAGCACACCUAG